CGCGUCGUGGCGGGGCCGCGUCGUGGCGCUCCUUACCCGGCAGUAGCCCCGCUGGCCACGGGGCCCUGGCUGUGUUUCCCGUCCUCCUCGUGCCCGGGAUCCCGGAAGGUGCUCCGAGCGGGGAGGCCAGGGCAGCUCGGGGCCUUCCGUUGCCCCGGCUCCCUCCCCUCCCUCUGGUUCGGCUCCUUAUGACAAGAUCGACCCGCACUUCGGCCCCGCGAUCCUCUGGUCGCCAUGGCAGCCACCAGGAGUGUGAUGAGAGCGGUCCGAGUGUUUGAAUUUGGUGGCCCUGAAGUGCUUAAACUCCAGUCAGAUGUGUUAGUUCCUGUUUCAAAAGAAAACCAGGUCUUAAUUAAAGUCCAUGCCUGUGGGGUAAAUCCUGUCGAGACAUACAUUCGCUCUGGGACUUACGCCAGGAAACCGGCUUUACCCUACACUCCUGGAUCGGAUGUGGCUGGGGUGGUCGAAAGUGUUGGGGAACAUGUGACUGCAUUCAAGAAAGGUGACAGAGUUUUCACCCUUGAAACAGUUUCUGGAGGAUAUGCAGAGUAUGCAGUUGCUGCAGCCAACAGAGUCUUUCCUUUGCCAGACAAACUGGACUUCAGGCAGGGAGCAGCGAUUGGAGUGCCCUACUUCACUGCCUACCGGGCGCUGUUCCAGAAAGGCUGUGCCAAAGCAGGGGAAAGUGUGCUGGUUCAUGGUGCUAGUGGCGGGGUGGGACUAGCAGCAUGUCAGAUUGCCAGAGCUUUUGGUUUGAAGGUUCUGGGUACAGCAGGAACUGAGGAGGGCAUGAAUGUGGUCCUGAGAAACGGUGCUCACCAAGCCUUUAAUCACAGAGACCCUAAUUACACUGAGAGAAUUAAGGCGUGCACAGGGCCGGGGGGAGUCGAUAUAAUCAUAGAAAUGCUCUCUAAUGUCAACCUGGAUGCUGACUUGCAGCUGCUGUCCUGCACAGGGAGGGUGAUGGUUGUGGGCUGCAGAGGACGCAUCGAGAUAAACCCAAGAGACACAAUGAGCAAGGAGUCCAGCAUAAUUGGAGUGAGUCUGUUUCUUGCAACUGAGGAGGAGAGGCAUGAAUGUGCCACAGCAGUCCUUGAUGGCAUAGAAGCUGGCUGGCUGAAACCCGUUGUGGGCUUGGAAUAUCCCCUGGAGAAAGUAGCCAAGGCUCAUGAAGACAUUAUUUAUAGCAGUGGUGCCCGAGGGAAGAUGGUGCUCCUUCUCUAAAGGAGCACCUUUUUUCGUCUAUUUUGUAGGUGUUCUAACUGCACCUUUGCUACAUGGUUCACUGAAUGUAUGUUAUAAACAUACCUUUGAUCAGGUUUGACAGUAGCAGAAAAUGCUCACUUGGAUGAAUUGAUGAAUGUUUUCUUUUUGUAAUGAGCAGGGUUGCAUUUACUGUAAAGUAAUUUUGGUAGCUUUUUUGAUUUAUAUGGAAAUAAUAAAUUUUCUCUGCUAGUGUGCUUUGUGCUGCAGGGGAUGGUAAGGUUUGGUGUCAUGGUCUGUGUGAAGGUAGAGUGAGGCCACUCUAGGUAACACAGAAUGAAGCUGCUUUUUACAGAUACACAAAAUUAAUUAACUCACUAUGUGCGUUAAUUAGAAAUGUAAAUUCUUUUACCCACAAAAUUUGUACUCAAAUUUUGUCACAUAAUUUACUUGAAAUAAAAGCUUUUACUGACAAAAUAGUUCACUUUCCAGCUCAAAAGAUGGGCAGAAUCUCUCAAACAUCAACUCUUUGAAGCAGAGGCAGUUCUGCUUGUCUGUGCCUGCCUCUAAGUGUGAGGUGACUGUGUCCUGGCUCAUCCAUAGGGACUGUCACUCUGGAGCUGCAUGCUGGGAUUUGCCUCUUUGGAACUGGUGAUCAUGACCGAAGCAGCUGAUUCCUGGAUGGUAAAUGGCUGGCUGUGAAGAUUUCAGUUCUUCCUGUGACCUUUAUUAAAGUCUCCUGGAUCCCUGGCUACAUGGAGAGCAGAGGCUGCAUGGCUUUUGUGGCAUGAAGAACUCCUGUGAAAUUCCUGAGCUCCAUCCCCUGAAGUGGGCAGGGCACAGCCUCAGCACUAGGGCUUGUGUGCAGGUGUCAGUGUGGGGUCAUUUUGCCAUUACACUGGGUCAUUUAGUUGUGUCUUGUUCUCAUAAACCUUAAAGCCCUUGCACAACAGAUGGCGUUGCCAGGAAAGACAACAGAAUGUUUCUAGAGUUAGUAAUUUCAGUUUAGUGUUUCAGUGAGGGCUUUUAGAAAGCUGCUUGGGGAGAGAAGGAUGAGGCCAGCUCAGCUGUGGGAAGGCAGGGACCCUGUCUGCCAAGGUGCAGUGGGGUCCUUCCUCCCUCCAGGCUGCCCCAGGGGAAUGAAGCUGGUUUCCUUGUUUGUUGCAUGUCCCACAGGAGUAGGGAGCUGUGUUUUUUAUGUGAAGAUUUAAGCGAUUCACCUGGUGUAAGUGAUGUGUGUAGGUAGUGUCUCAGCUGAUUAUCCAGGUGAAAGGUGCUGACUGUUCCUGUUCACUCAAGCAGAAUGCAGCCUGAGCAGUGGUGCUGUGUUGGGAACCUGCUAUUCCUCUUGGCAACGCUGCUAGAGAAAGUAAAACAUCUCUUAAAAUCAAUGUGCUAAACAGAGGUUAAAAGUAAUGGUUAAUAAUGAAUGUGAUUGUGGAGAUGAAGUGCAUAUAAAAGUAUAUACCUUUUCUCUAUACUCUGUUGGUGUUUAAAUAUUGAAUUAUUUUGAAUUCAGUUUUAAUUUAGUACGGGUCUACUGAAUGAACGAGAGGCUGGUGGUUUGCAGUGGCUCCUUUCUUGCUUAGUGCUGCCACUGCAUCGUGGAUGAUGUUUAGAGGUGAAAUUCAGAGCAAGUGUGUGAUCUGUCCUCAUCGUUGUUGUCCUAAGGGCCGUGAUUGUAAUGGGGUUUGUCACCAGAAGGUGUCAGAACAGUUCUGUGUUAUCACAUUGCCGCUGCUCUCUGCCAGGUGACCUGGCAGAACGGCACAGCAGGAGUGGGACUGACUUGUUGGGAAUAUCAUAUAACGUUUAUUCUUCUGUCUAUUUUCAAUGUACUGUAUAAAUGCAAGAAUUUAUUUUAAUUUUGGAAGUAGUGUGAAUGGAACUACUGAGGUAGGACUGAGGUGUGUCUGAUCUGUGCAAGCUGCCCAUCUAGAGAAUGUGUCAACCUGGACAGUCCGUGGUUCGGCUCUCUUUCUGGGACAUGCUGCCCCUUGGCAGUGCAGAACAGGAUGCAGGAAGAUAGUGGGGGGUCACAGAGAAUUGAAUUUGGCAGAAUAAUUCCAUCAGUUUGUUGAGAAUCUUCUCCAGAUUUGACUGGAUGGGAUUUUGGAGGCAGUGGUUCCCAGUGGCAGCCUGCUUGGUGCUGCCAUGGGUGGUUGGAAGGGUCGAACAGGCUCUUGUAUUUGUGCCGACUUUGGCAUCUGCAGGAGAGGUUUGGGGUUCAAAGCGAGGAGUUGUGUACAAUGCAAGGGUCUGGAAACUGCUGUUCUAUGUGUUUCUGAAACAGAAAAGAGUGGAAUUGUUCUAAAAAGCAGCUGCUCUUGGUUAAUCUCAUUGUGCCCCAAAUAAUUUGUGCUGCCUACAUUUUCUAGUCAUUAAAAGUGUCAUCUCCUCUCUA